GUGAAGAGCGCCCCAGUCACACGCCAGGACACAACCCCUCCCUCCCGUGAACCCGUAAAGGCCGACGCCCUCUUUAAGGCCCUAGUGCACAUGGCUUCUUCCCCAGCGACGGAUGCGUCCCGAAAGCGACGGGAGAAGCGGCGACAGCUAGAUGCACGUCGCAGCAAGUGCCGAAUCCGCCUGGGCGGCCACAUGGAGCAGUGGUGCCUCCUCAAGGAGCGGCUGGGCUUCUCCCUGCACUCGCAGCUUGCCAAGUUCCUGCUGGACCGGUACACUUCUUCAGGCUGCGUCCUCUGUGCAGGUCCUGAGCCUUUGCCUCCCAAGGGUCUGCAAUAUCUGGUGCUCUUGUCUCAUGCCCACAGUCGGGAGUGCAGCCUGGUGCCCGGGCUUCGGGGGCCUGGGGGCCGAGAUGGGGGGUUUGUGUGGGAAUGCUCGGCGGGCCACACCUUCUCCUGGGGACCCUCUUUGGGACCUAUACCUACAGAGGCACCCAUGCCAGCUCCCCUUCCACGUACUUCCCGGAGAAGCUGGUGCCCGGAGGCCAUGAGUGGGCAGGAAUCUGCAGGUUUGGAAUCUGAGCAUGAUGAGAGGACUCAAGAGGCCAGGUUGCCCAGGGGCAUAGGACCCCCACCAGAGACUUUCCCACCCCCAGGAGAGGAAGAGGGGGAGGAAGAAGAGGAGGACGAUGAGGAUGAAGAGGAGGUGCUCAGUGAUGCCAGCCUGUGGACCUACAGCUCCUCCCCAGAUGAUGAACCAGAUGCCCCCAGACCACCCCCAAACCCUAUCACCCACACACUUAAGGAUGAGGAGACACCACCAGUCCCUGCAGCUCUUCCCACUCCUGUUGCUGUGCCAUGCUCGACAGCAUCCUCAGUGGGUUCCAGAGCUCCUCUGCCUGUGGAAGUUGGGGUGCAGCCAGAGCUCAGUGGGACCCCUCAAGCGGCCCAGCAGGUUGAGACCCUGGCCAGCCCUGGGAGUCAGGCCCAGUCUGCUCCCUUCCCAGCCUUGGAUGAGGACACUGCACAGAUCGGCCCCAAGAGAAUUAGGAAAGCUGCUAAAAGGGAGCUGAUGCCUUGUGACUACCCCGGCUGUGGAAGGAUCUUCUCCAACCGGCAGUAUUUGAAUCACCACAAGAAGUACCAGCACAUCCACCAGAAGUCCUUCUCCUGCCCAGAGCCAGCCUGUGGGAAGUCCUUCAACUUUAAGAAACACCUGAAGGAGCAUGUGAAGCUGCAUAGUGACACCCGGGACUACAUCUGUGAGUUCUGCGCCCGAUCUUUCCGCACUAGCAGCAACCUCGUCAUCCAUAGGCGCAUCCACACUGGAGAGAAACCCCUGCAGUGUGAGAUAUGCGGGUUCACCUGCCGCCAGAAGGCCUCCCUGAACUGGCACCGGCGCAAGCACGCAGAGAUGGUGGCUGCCUUGUGCUUCCCCUGUGAGUUCUGUGGCAAGCGCUUUGAGAAGCCAGACAGCGUUGCAGCUCACCGCAGCAAAAGUCAUCCAGCCUUGCCCCCAGCUCUACAAGAGUCACCCAGCCACUUGGAGCCCUGUCCUAGCAUUUCUGCCUCUGAACUCCUGGGGUCCAAUGAGGAGUCCAGGCCUUCACUGUCUUCUCAGGAUCCCUCAGCAAUGAGCUCUUCUCCUACCUUCCGCUUCAGGGGCCAGACCCCAGGAAUUGAAAAGGAAUGAGGAGGAAAGGACCCAGAGGAGAAACGCCACAUGCCUGGUCCCCAGGAACUGUGGCAACAGUGCAGGGCAGGGGCAAGAUUGGGUUUUAGGGGAGCUGGACUACUUUAGUCUUUCUACAGGACAGAAUAAACAGUAUUUUACUUGGG